AUGAAUGGUUUCCUGACGCUGACGAACACCAAGAAGCACUCUUAUGGUCAAGUCUUCAACGAUGAGCCAUUGCUAUUCAAGAAUUCCACGAAUGGUACUGUGACUUCUUUUUCUAUCACCUUCUUCUUUGCUAUUACCCCUGAGCAUAAGAACAAAGGCUCUCACGGUAUGGCCUUUGUGAUCUCUCCCACGAGAGGCAUUCCCGGUGCAUCUGCUGAUCAGUACCUCGGUAUCUUCAACGAUACAAACAAUGGAAAAAGCUCUAACCAGAUCAUUGCCGUGGAGCUCGAUAUACAUAAAGAUGAUGAAUUUGGUGACAUUGAUGAUAACCAUGUUGGUAUCAACAUAAAUGGAAUGAGGUCUAUUGUAUCUGCUCCUGCUAGUUAUUAUGAUCAUGAGGGUCAAUUGAGAAAUCUUUCCUUGAUCAGUGGAGAUCCAAUUCGAGUCACUAUUUUGUAUAGCCAGGAAGAGAAACAGCUUAGUGUCUUCCUAUCACCAGCUGAGAAGACUAAUCUCUUGAAGCGGCCGCUUCUUUUGCUGGACCAAGAUUUGUCACCUUAUCUGUUAGAGGAAAUGUAUGUCGGCUUUGCAGCUUCCACGGGAUCGGUUGGAGCAAUACAUUACUUGUGGACGUUUUAUGUCUUUCUAUCCUCUGCGGUUCCAAAUCUGGACUUCUUCAUACCCAAGUUUCCUACAUAUCCGAAGUCAGAGUCUCAGGUAAAGCGGACUGUUCUGGUGACCUGCUUGACGUUGGCUCUUUUUGUCGCGCUGGCUACAUCAGCUUUCAGUCUCUUCUUCUAUAGGAGGCACAAAAAGGUUAAGGAAGUACUAGAGGAAUGGGAGAUCCAGUGUGGGCCUCACAGGUUUGCUUACAAGGAACUCUUUCAAGCCACAAAGGGUUUCAAAGACAAACAACUUCUAGGCAAAGGAGGGUUCGGUCAAGUCUUUAAGGGCACACUUCCAGGUUCCGAUGCCGAGAUUGCCGUUAAACGAAUUUCUCAUGAUUCAAGACAGGGAAUGCAUGAAUUCUUGGCGGAGAUAUCAACAAUUGGGAGGCUUAGACACUCGAACCUAGUCAGGCUUCAAGGUUAUUGUAGGUACAAGGAGGAACUCUACUUGGUUUAUGACUUUAUGCCCAAUGGAAGCCUUGACAAGUACCUCUACCGUAGAGCGAAUCGAGAGCAACUCACUUGGGACCAACGUUUCAAGAUCAUCAAAGAUAUAGCCUCUGCGCUUUGCUAUCUGCAUCACGAUUGGGUACAAGUUGUAAUUCAUCGGGACAUCAAGCCGGCAAAUGUCUUGAUUGACCACCAGAUGAAUGCAAGGCUCGGGGAUUUCGGACUAGCCAAGUUGUACGAUCAGGGUUUUGAUCCUCAGACAUUUAGUGUAGCUGGAACGUUUGGGUACAUUGCGCCCGAGCUCAUAAGAAGCGGAAGAGCGACCACAGGGACAGACGUCUAUGCCUUUGGGCUGUUUAUGCUGGAAGUCUCCUGCGGUAGAAGGCUGAUAGAGCCACGAGCAGCCACCAAUGAGGUUGUACUUGCAGAGUGGACAUUAAAUCGCUGGGAAAAUGGAGAUAUUCUCGAGGCAGCCAAUGAAAGACUCUGCGAAGAACACAAUAGAGAACAAGUCGAGCUUGUUUUGAAACUGGGAGUGCUAUGUUCGCACCAGGCCGCAGGAGUUAGACCAGACAUGUCUAAAGUGGUCCGUAUCUUGAACUGUGAUUCGCAACUUCCGGAUAAUUUACUCGAUAUUGUCAAAGCUGAAAAUGUCAGAAUGUGGUCUGAGACAUCUGAGAGAGUACUUGAUGUUCCAACAUCACAGGGGUCUAUCGGUACCUUGACGUUUACAGAACCUUUCACUUCUCACGGACGCUGA